AUGAUACCCAGAACAGAAAAGGAUGAGGAGAGUAUUAGCAAGGCUCGAGGCCUACAGGGUGUCUGCUGGGGCGAAGAAUAUGAGCGAAUGAUCGGGGGCAUGCUAUAUACCCCCCUAGCGCCAGAGCUCAUCGAGGGUCGAUCGCGGGCAAGACAGCUGACCGGAGAAUUCAACGCAUCUCUUUAUGGAGAUGUCGCUUCGGAGAAGACUAGUCAACAGCGAGAGGAAAUUCUGAAGAAACUCUUCGGUCGCACUGGACAAAGCAUCUACAUCGAACCUCCCCUCUUCGUCGACUAUGGAUGUAAUAUCAGCGUCGGCAAGAGCUUUUAUGCCAACUUUCAGUAA